UGUUUACAGCAGAGAGAAGUAGAAACUGAUAAACUUCGCUGCACAAGCAAGCGUUUAAUAGCGACUGAGUAGUUCACCAACGAGGCUUGGUUUUAUCGGUUUAUUAGAUAAGCACUUACAAGCAGUCAUGGUGGCUAUGGCGAAGAGAGUGAAAACCUUUCAAAUUAUCUUUACGGACCCCAGCAAGACUUUUUACUGCGGCGGGGACAAGGUCUCUGGACGGAUAGAAGUGGAAGUGAACGAUGUGACUCGUGUGUCCGCAAUGAAGGUUCUGGGUCUGGGCUGCGCCAAGGUGGAGUACGCUAAAGGCAAGCAGCGAUGCCGACAGGAGGACGAGUACCUCAGAUAUGAAGAGGUCCUGCGACUGGACGACCAGCCCACAGACUCUGAUGGAUCAGUUGUCUUGAGGCCGGGCAACAAGUACGAGUACACUUUUGGAUUUGAGCUCCCCCAGCAUGGGCAGCUGGUGUCGUCAUACAAGGGGAAGUUUGGUUAUGUCCACUAUUAUGUGAAGGCUAUCAUGGAGAGGCCACACCAGCCCGUCCUCGAGUGUAAAAAGCAGUUUGAGGUGGAGGAGCCCCUUGAUAUCAACACCCCAGACCUGCUGUCUCCCACAGGUGGCAUGAAGGAGAAGAAGGUCACCUGCAUGUUCAUCCCUGAUGGCCAGGUGUCGCUGAAUGUAAAAAUCGACCGCCGUGGCUUCUGCGAAGGCGAAGACAUCUGCAUCAACGCAAAGUUUGAGAACACCUGCUCUCGCAUUGUGGUGCCCAAGGCAGCCAUCAUCGCCAAACACAUCUACCAGGCCAACGGCCGCACCAAAGUCUUUCGGCAGAAGCUGUCUGCAGUGCGUGGUAACCACAUCAUCUCCGGCAUGUGUGACGCCUGGCAGGGAAAAACCAUCAGGGUACCAAAGAUUAAACCAUCCAUGCUGGGCUGCAACAUCAUCCGUGUGGAGUAUGCUUUAAUGAUUUACAUCCACAUUCCUGGUAGUGAGAAGGUGGUCCUGGAGCUGCCCUUGGUCAUUGGUACUGCCGGACUGGGCAGCCGCAGCAACAGCGUGAGCAGUCAGGAGGGUUCAGUCAGCAACGCCUCCCAGAGCUGGGUGUCUCUCCGGAUGCCCUCAGAGCCUCCCAGCUACUGUGACAUCAGCCGUGACUGCCGCCUGGACCAGCCCCUCACGCCACUGCUGGACGACUUUGAUGGUGAUGACAGCCCCAUCUUUAUGAACACUCCAACCUUCCAGUUCCCGCCUCCUCCAGCAUACAGUGAGGCUGAGGAGGAGUACAAUGGCAACACCCCUCGCAUGAUGCCGGUCUGUUGAAGUCCAGCAGAGAUUCAAGGACUAUGGUCCAGCUCUCAGGGACCAUCCAUCCAAAGCACUUAAAAAGGAGCAGAAGGUCCAAACUCCAGAGAGGAUGUGUUGGAUGGAGAGGUAAAGCCACAACUGUGGAAAUGGACAGAAAGAGACUUGCCUGGUCUGUCCACUCCUUCACCGCGCUUCAUCACCUUCGCUGAUCUUGAGUCUUCCUCUUGGUGCUCUGGAGGUCGAGCCACAGCAGCUGUGACGUGCUACAUUUCUGAAUAAGCAGUUCUUCCAGAGACUCAGACUUUCAGGGUCUCACUGUCCAUUCACAGACACUUCAUGACUAUGUUUUGGGGGCCAAGCAUUGUAUGAGUCAGCCCCAGCCUGCUGUGACAUAUUUGACUUUUUGGGGUUUGCCUUUCCUCAUGAUGCUUUUUCAUUCCUGUCAAACCCUGUAUUUUUAAGGGAUUUCACUAGAGGAACCAUCUAUUUUGUUAACUCCAGCCAGUUUGUGUUGCUGUAAAGAAUGCGUCAGGAAUAUUGUUGCCUUCGAGAAUUACUCCAUGUAGAAGAACCUUCCUCAGAUGCCCAUAGAACCUCAUACAGCAUCUUUAUUUUCUCAUGUACCAGUGUUUAAAAAAAGUAUGGCUUGUUCCUUUAUUGCACUUUUUGAUAGAUGCAUUUUGCUCUACUACUGCCUACAACAGUUUCUUUUUAAAGUUUUGUUUGAACAAUGUUAGUGAUGUGGAGAGUGAAACGUUCUAGGUAAAACACUCUAAACUUGUUGGAACCUCACCUUUGAUUUCCAAAUCCCAGCUUGGUGAUUGGCUGUAAUUUGUUGACACUGCAAGUGCCAAACAUUUUCCAUACAACUUCGAUGCUCCAUUAAUUGUGGGACGCACCUUAUGUGAGGAUAAUCAUUGUAUCUGAUCUGUGGUUGUCAUAGACAACAUUUCACUCUGAGAUCUCUGCUGUGGUGGUUUCACAAAAUCUGUUUUUCAGGGCGCAAAGAAAAUCACAGUUGGAGACUAAAAGAAAGAAAGUAUGUUUGCAAUGCAUUCUUGUUACUUAUUACAAGUAUUUUUUGUAUGAAACCCUAUGGGUUGUUUUUUUUUAAUAAAUAAAGUCAUGUUAAAAAAUA